AAGGCGGUUAAGAGGAUCCAAUUUCCAUUGCCCGAUGAAGACCAGCUGCAAUUAAUUAUACCAUUUGAACACGACGACUACGAAACUUUCUAGUAACGGUUCAUUUUAGUUCUUUUGUCAGAGAAUGCUCUUUUCGGGACCCACAGUACCGAUGUGGGAUCCAUCAUCCUUCACCGGUAAACAGGCGCCAUAUGUUGUUUUCUUGAUUUCGCGGCUAAAACCGUAGAGCCUCCCCUCACCACUCACCACUCACCGCUCACCACCCUCCACCACUCCAUCGCCAUCACCAUCACCAUCCACUCUUUUUUCGAACUUUCUUUCGCCAUUCUUCCCCCCCACCCCCCGGUCUUUGUCCUAUCUUUAAUAUAAGCUUCUCGAAUCUCAAUUUUCAUUUCCCCACCGCUACCACAUCCUCCCCCUCCCCUUCCCGAAGGAAAAAAUAGUAAUAAAUGAGCUUCUCUUCCAGUUACAGUAAUCUCCGUCUUACGCCAAACCGCUGCGACAACCUCUUCUUUUGCUCCCCUCAAAAUCCUUUCCAAAUCCGCGAAUUUCGCGUUUACAGGAAACGACGCAGUUUGAAGCUCUUCCGCUCAAACCCCACUCUCCAAAGCCAAUUCAAUUUCUCUUUCGAUAACAACGUUUUCCAGAACCUUCCUUCGCUCGAUCUUCUCACGCCGGUUUUGGGUCUAACUUCCGGUGUCGCUCUUUAUUUAUCGUCGCGGCUGAAUUUAGCUUCCGGAGGUGAAAACAAUGUCUGCGAUAUUGGAGAGUGGAUUUUGUUCACCAGUCCGACGCCGUUUAAUCGAUUCGUCAUCCUUCGAUGCCCUUCUAUAUCGUUCGAAGGGAGUGAGCUGAUGGAGGAUGUGAACGAGAGGUUGGUGAAAGAAGAUAGGCAUUUCGUGAGGCUAAAUAGCGGGAGGAUGAUACAGGCGAGUAGAAUCAGGGGAGAGGAGCCGGAUGAGUUGGAAUACCAGAGACUUUGUAUAAACACGGAGGAUGGCGGUGUAAUUUCAAUUGAUUGGCCGGCGAAGUUAGACUUGAGCGAGGAACAUGGAUUGGACACGACAGUUUUGGUGGUUCCGGGAACGGCGGAGGGUAGUAUGGACGACAAGGUGAAGGCGUUUGUUAAGGAGGCAGUUUUUUGUGGGUUUUUUCCGGUUGUUAUGAAUCCUCGAGGUUGCGCCAGCUCGCCACUCACCACUCCUCGGUUGUUUACAGCUGCUGACAGUGAUGAUAUCUCAACUGCUAUACAGUUUGUUAAUAAGGCAAGACCAUGGAACACAUUGAUGGGUGUUGGCUGGGGAUAUGGCGCAAACAUCUUGACAAAAUACUUGGCUGAAGCUGGUGAGAAAACACCUUUGACAGCUGCGACUUGCAUAGAUAAUCCUUUUGACUUGGAGGAAGCUACAAGAUUGACUCCUUAUCACAUUGCUUUAAAUGAAAAACUCACUGGUGGUCUUGUAGAUAUUCUACGAUCUAAUAAGGAACUAUUUCUAGGCCGAGCAAAAGGGUUUGAUGUGGAAAAGGCUUUAUCAGCCAAAUCUGUUCGUGACUUUGAUAAGGCAAUAUCGAUGGUCUCUUACGGUUUUGAGGCCAUAGAAGACUUUUACUCAAAAUGUAGUUCACGAAGCUUAGUUGGCAAAGUUAAGAUUCCAGUUCUUUACAUACAGAAUGAUGGUGGAUCAGUUCCACUAUUUUCCAUUCCACGUGGUUUGAUUGCAGAAAAUCCUUUUACCAGCCUGCUCCUCUGUUCUUGUUCAUCAUCUAGAGCUACGGUAUCGUGGUGCCAUCAUCUUACUAUUGAGUGGCUUACUGCGGUAGAGCUUGGACUUCUAAAGGGCCGUCAUCCUCUUCUAAAAGAUGUUGACAUCACCAUCAAUCCUUCAAAAGGCUUCGCUUUCACAGAAGGUGGGUUGACUGGUAAAGGUGGAAACACUAAGAAGCUUUUGGAUCUUUCCAGAUUAAAUUCUGUAAAUGGCUAUUCCGUUGGUCCUAGAAGAGGCAUGUUAGAAGAUGGUGAUACAGCUCCUAGCAUCCACCUUCAGUCCAGACAAGAUUCACUCAAGGACAUGGAACUUCAAGAGAAGGGAUUGCAUAGAGUGCACAAUGAUAUGUUAGCACAGUCCAAACCUCUUGAAGCAGAGUUGGCCAAAGAGGAAGCUGAACUAGAAGAUGGUGAAAGAGGGCAAGUUUUACAAACUGCACAAGUAGCUAUGAAUAUGCUUGAUGUAACCAUGCCUGGAACUUUGAAAGAAGCUGAGAAGCAGAAGGUCCUGGCUGCUGUUAAUCAAGGUGAGACGCUUUUGAAAGCCUUGCAAGAUGCUGUUCCAGAAGAUGUUCGUGAAAAACUCACAGAAGCUGUAUCUGUUAUUAUGCAUUCUCAAGGCACAAACUUAAAACAAGGUAUUGAGAGGAUUCCCAAGAUGCAAUCAGGGUUUAAAUCAAAAGUCCACGAAAGUGUUAGUGAUGCUCAUUCUACAGAUGAGAUAAAAAGAACUGAGGGUUUGGCAGAUGGGACUGAUAACAAUCAAGUUGGCUCAGAGAAAGCUACUGCUGGACAGGGAUCAGAAUCUCGGCCGUUAGACAAUAUGCAAAGCUCCAAUGAUGUAGGUCAAUCUCAAUCAAUAAGUGGAGAUCAAGGUGAUAUUUCUUCUUCAGUCAGGAAGGAUGCAAGUGAAACGGGAAAAAUUCAUGAAAGUGAUGAUCUCAACAGUGAAAAGGCUUCUCUACAUGCUGACUCAAUCGAACCAGGAUCAGUAACUAAUGUUAAUUUGACUACCCAAGAUGAAAAGGAAGGUAGCACAGACGAAAUUGUUGAGUCCAAAGCAGACCCAGAUGGUGGAGUAGAUCGAGUUGAAAUGAAGUAUAAUAAUAGACCCCGGCAAAAGGAAGAAAAAGUCGUGGAUUCUUUGACUGAUGAAAAUAAUGCGGCACCAUCAGGAUCUUCUGAAGCCCAGCCAGAGGAAAGUGAAAGGAAUGAUAAUCGGAAAAAAGAUCUGCAACAUCCACCCGAUCAAAAUAAGUCUACCGUCACUGAUUCCAAUGCUCCAACCUUCAAUGUUUCUCAAGCAUUAGAUGCUCUGACAGGGAUGGAUGAUUCCACCCAAGUAGCUGUUAACAGUGUGUUUGGUGUGUUAGAAAAUAUGAUUACUCAAUUUGAGGAAGAAAAAGAAGAAAAUGGUUCUCAUGAUGGACGUGAGCUUAGGACUGAUAAUACCAAUUCUGUUCCUGAGACACAAGGUACAUUUGGAAAAAAAGAGGGCAGUGAAAAUGAUAACAAAUUGAGAGAAACCGAAGGCAGUAAAGAUAACCAGAGUAUGAUUUCUGAUAGGUUGCAUGAUCCUCCCAUUCAUAAUGAUCAUGGUAAUAGUUCAGACUUAGGGGAUGACUCAACAAGUGAACGGCUGGAGGAGGAGUCCCCAGAAAGUCCUGCUUCAUCAGAGGGGAAUGGUAGUGAUGAUUCUCAGGAACAAAUUGUUGGCAAUAGUUUGGAUUUGCCAAUAAACAAUGAUCAUAUAGUUGGUUGUAAAAUGGUGGCUGAUUAUUCAUAUAGACCCAUAAAUAGCACUCCCUCGUAUAUAAAUGCAAGUCAAUAUGAGGACUUUCUUCAUAGUGAGUACUUCCAGAGAUAUUUGCUUUCAAAACAAACUACCAAACCACUAGAUGUAGAUACGACUACUGCUUUAUUGUUUGACUACUUUCCAGAAGAAGGUCAGUGGAUGCUCUUGGAACAACCAGGAGAGAAUGGAGAUUCUGCUGGUGAUGUUACAACUCAUAGCAGAGAGCCUGAGGCUCCAGCUGCUGGAGUUAGCAAAAUCAAAAAUUACAUCGAACCAUCAUAUGUGAUAUUAGAUACUGAAAGACAGCACAACCCUUUUGGAGAGUUUGAGACCAUAGACAAUACAAAUGGAUAUUCUAGAAAGGAUGGUAAGGGAUUAGAGGAAUUGAUGCAGCUUGUAAAAGUCACUAUAUUGGAUUCUUUGAGGGUGGAAGUUGAUCGCAGGCUAAGUGCAUCUGACAUGGAAGAAAUGGAAUCUCAACUUGCUAUGGAUAUUGAAACAGUUGCAACUGCAGUUUCUCUGUCCAUUGGAGAUUAUAAGGAGCCUAAUGAUUUUGAGGGCAAAGAGUAUGUUAUUGACAAUUCCUCAGAAAAAGCCGGAACUGUUAAUGGAGAGAAUGUUGUCAGGGCUAUUUCAUCUGCUAUUCAGAGCACAAGUUAUCUAAGGAGAGUGCUGCCAGUUGGUGUUAUUAUAGGAUCUAGCUUAGCUGGUCUGAGAAAGUAUUUUGAUCUAUCUACGGUUCAUGAUGAGUAUAUAAGUGAAGUUAAACCUGCUGAUGAAACCCAGGUAUCUAGGGAAAAGAAUCAUGGGAAAACUAGUAUAAUCGAUAUUGAUCAAUCACCAGUUUAUGAAACUAGUCAAAAUGGUACUUCGCAUAGCCCUAGUAGCAAAGAAGUGGUAGAAACUGGUUUGAAAACCCUAAACAAGGAUGAUGUCAUGGUUGGUGCUGUUACAGCUGCUCUAGGAGCAUCGGCUUUGCUAGCGCCACUGCCAGACAAGGAACCACUUGAAGAAAAUGAAACUGCAGAAAGUUCAUCCAGGAUCUUCAAGGAGAAAGGCCAUCAACAUAAGGAGCCUGGAAUUCCUGAGGGAGCAGUAGCUGACAAACACCAAAUUAACAUGGUCACUAGUCUUGCUGAGAAAGCCUUGUCAGUUGCUGGUCCUGUUGUGCCUAUGAAGGAGGAUGGUGAAUUGGAUCAAGAAAGAUUGGUUGCUAUGUUAGCAGAUUUGGGACAAAGGGGCGGUGUGUUGAGGCUAGUUGGUAAAAUUGCUUUGCUUUGGGGUGGUAUACGUGGUGCAAUGAGUCUAACAGAUAGGCUUAUCACAUUUCUGCAUAUAGCUGAACGCCCCUUAUACCAAAGGAUUCUUGGCUUUGUCAGCAUGGUUCUUGUUUUGUGGUCACCAGUUAUUGUUCCAUUGCUUCCAGCUCUUGUGCAGAGCUGGACCAAAAAAACUCCCGCCAAGUUUGCUGAACUUGUUUCGAUUCUUGGCUUUUAUGUUGCUCUCAUGAUACUUGUCAUGUUAUGGGGUAAAAGAAUACGUGGCUAUCAAAAUCCACAUGAGCAGUAUGGACUGGAGUUGACAUCAUCAACGAUCAAAGGUCUUAUCAUGGGCUUGAUUGGAGGAGUCAUACUCGUAGUGUCAAUACAAUCUGUAAAUUCUUUGCUUGGCUGUGUCAGUUGGUCUUGGCCUUCAAAUCCUCUUCCAUCCUCUUUGGACUUAUUGGCUAGGCUCAAAGUUUAUGGGAAACUGCUUGUGUUUGCUGUUCGAGGAAUUGCUACUGCAACUGGCAUUGUGCUUGUUGAAGAACUGGUUUUAGGUCAUGGCUACCUGAUGAAAUUGCUGCAGAUUUUGGCUAUCAUUGUGGAAUUAUUAUAUCAGGACUUGCAUUUUCUUUGUUCCAGAGGUCUCUAAUGGCGAUACCAGGGUUAUGGCUUUUAUCAUUAGCUCUAUCAGGCAUUCGGCAAAGAAAUGAGGGCAGCCUCUCGGUUCCAAUUGGGUUGCGGACUG